UCUCUCUAAAACCAGAAAACGCCCUCUCUUUACCAUUUUUAUCUUCUUCUCUAGUCUCGCUGCUGAGCGUCGUUCUACCCCUCUUUCUCUCGACAUCACGAUUCAGACCCCCACACACCCAGGAACCCGGAAACACCCAAAGCCACCACCAUCUCAUCCUUUCGACCUCACAAACUGAAGUUCAAGCUCAGUCUCAUUCUCUAGGUCAAGAUUUAUGCCUUGCAUGUACGAUUUGUUGUAUCUCUAUAAAUACUUAAUUUUUUCCGACGUUUUUGCUUGGAUUCUAGAGAAGGCCGGCGUCGAGGUUGGUCUCAAAUGAUUGCUCAGAACCUCAGGUUCUCAUUCUCCAGGUGAAAUCUAGAUACCAAUCCUCAAGAUCAGUGGUGCAACAAAGUGGCACAUGAAGCAGGCCUCGUGAUUGUAAAAUUAUAGGGCCACUAAAACCUAUCACACUAUCUCCUUUCUCUCAUUUUCUCAUCUGAAAAAAACUCUCUAAAGCAAAAAUUCAAACAAACUCCAUGGAUUCGCAGACCCAAAACACCUCGUUGCAGAGACUCCAAAAUGUGGAGAAUAGAAUCGUUAAGGUUUUGGAGCUAGCAGGAGGCGUCAUGGACGAGCUUGCAAACCCUAGUGGUCCCAGAAAGGAGUUCAUCAACAACCAUUGCCGCGAGUUCAUGCAAUUGAUCAAGGAUAUUCAAGUGGCACUACGGGAUGAGAUUAAAAGUGCAUGCGAUUACCGUCCAUUUGAGAAGUGUGAUUACAGUUCAAGAAUAGCUAAUGAGAUCUGUUGCAAGAAGCUCGAGUAUGUCAUGUCACAAUUGGAUCGAAUGAAAGAAACAAUUGAUGAGUAUCAUAAUGCAGUUUGAAGAUGCAUGGUAGACUUUUUACAAUCCAUUCUCUUCAGUGUUUCAUCUUUUUUGGAUCGGACUUAGUAGAAUAUAAUCACUUGUUCAAUUUACUAGAUUAGAUUGUGGGGAGGAAUGAGGGAAACUGGGCUUUCAAUUUAUAAAUGGGCAGAUGUUUUUGUGGAUUCUAAUUAGCGUUUAAGGUUCAUUCUCAAUAGAUGCACACGUUCUUUGUAACGUUUGUUUGAUUGCGUAUGAUAUAACUUGUGCUAUCGUUUUCAUUUA